CUCCAAAUAUAAUGGGGGAGACCGCUGACCCAGAAAAAGUAUCCUACAAACGCUCGCUCAAACGAAUAAAAUUAAAAAAGACACGGUUUCGACCCCGCAAGCGUAGCCAAAGUAUUAUAAUUUAUUCCCAUUGUAAUGUGCAAGACCAUUCACAUACACAUCUUAAAGACUACUUUAGACUUAUGGGAUUAUAAAAUAAAACUCUUAAAAACAUUAUUGCUUUGACUUUUGUGUUUUUAAGGUUGCAGUUAUCCAAUACCCUCUACUGGAUAUUGUGUCCUUGAUCUCCAAUCCAGUACAUCGUAGUUAAUCUGAACUGAAAAAAAAGAGAAAGAAAUUGAUCAUCACUUGUUUUAUUUAACAUGAAUUCCUGUAGUUUUAUAUACAACGUAGCUUUUGUACUAUUUGGCGUUAUUCAUUAUUGUAACGUAAGAUUUGUGGUAAAAAUUUAUAUUACUCUAAGAAUUAGGUUUAUAUUUUCAGUCGAAUAAAAAUUAUUUUUAAUGAAGUGGUAUCUGUUACUCCUUGUAAAAAUGCCAUUAUUUAGAGUCUUCGAAUCUUACUUAAAAUUUAAUAGACAUUUUGUUAGUAUAUUGUAUUUAAUAAUUCGACUCAAUCUUCAGAUAAUGAAAAGCAAGUGAUUGCUUAUUUGUAAAAUGAAAUUCUUUUUUAAUCGUUUUUCAUGAUUAUGUAUCAGUUUUUUAAUAAAAUCGCCAUGUCAAUUAAUGGUCUGUUAAUUAAACAAAAUUUAUAUGCUAAACGAUAUUAGAAUACAAUACAUGUAUGAUAAUUGCAAGGGCAUAAAAUUAUAAUGUGUAACAGCAUUAUGUAUUCAUAUUUAACGAUCAUCUUUAAAUUGCGAUUAGAUGGCAGCACAAUACACUUGAUUUACAAUCGAACACCGCGCACAUUGUUAAAGUGGAUAAACUUGAUAUGAAUUUAAAUUUAAACUUCGAUCGGUGCAUCUUUUGCACAGUAAAUACUUAAUUCAAAAAUAUUCAUUGGAAUAUUAAAUUCGAAAUAAAUAGAUGUUAGAUUAAGAGCGAGACUUUUUGUUGAGAUUUCGCGUGUCCUUAGCGUAGUUGCUCUCGAGUCAUCACUGGAAAAGUACAAAGCGAUACUUGAGUCAAUGACGUGUAUGACAGCAACACAAAUCGGCUCGAGUAGACUGAUUCGUUUGAAUCUCUAACUUGAAUCAGAAUGCCCGAGCAAAAUUCGAGUGAUCAAUAUUCGACGUGGGUUGGGCUUAUAUACGUUUUUAAUUUAAUUGUUGGAACAGGAGCUUUAACAUUACCAGCUGUUUUUACUCAAGCAGGAUGGGCUCUUGGAUUAAGUGUAAUUUUAAUACUAGCAUUUAUAAGUUUUAUCACUGUUACAUUUGUGAUCGAGGUAAUGGCAUCUGCCAAUGCUAUAGUAGCAUGGCGACACAUUCAACAUCGAAAACGUAUAUGUUUCUCUCAGGAUUCAUCUUUCAACGAAACAGAGUCUGAGGUGCUUCAAACAUUAGGCGAAUCUGGUCCUUCAAAUUCAGAUUCUGAAGAUACCCCUCUUGUUAUGCCAUUUUCAACUAGCCCUGAUCGUGCAGACAUUACAUAUCGAUAUUAUGUAAUACGUGAUAAAAUAGAAAUGGGGCAAAUGGCAUCAAUUUUUUUUAACAAGUUUGGUAUAACUCUAUUCUAUUUAUGUUUUGCUAUAUAUCUUUAUGGAGAUCUAAGCAUAUAUGGAGCAGCUGUUGCAAAAACUUUAGCUGAUGUCAUUUGCACUUAUCAACCAGAAAAUUUUACAUGCAACUCUACAAUACCAGAUACUGCACUGUGUUGGAAAGAAUUUGCUCUGGAUCGAUCAGAUGCAUAUAGGAUAUUUCUUAGUAUAUUUAUAUUAUUACUUGGUCCUUUUGUAUUCUUUAAUAUACAAAAGACUAAAUAUCUUCAAUUGUUAACUUCAGGAAUGCGAUGGCUUGCAUUCACUAUCAUGAUUGUAUAUGCUUUGAAAAAUUUAAUCAUUCAUGGUGCACAAGGAAAUCCUCCAGCUGCAAAUAUCAUGGGUAUACCUACUUUAUUUGGUGCUUGCAUUUAUUCAUUUAUGUGUCAUCAUUCUUUACCUGCGUUGGUCGCUCCAAUUGCAAAUAAGUCUACUUUAACUCGAUUUUUGGCAUUGGAUUAUUUAUUAAUAGCAUUUUUUUAUCUCUUACUGGCACUAACUGGAGCAUUCGCUUUUGAACAUUUGGACGAUCUUUACACUUUAGAUUUUAGUCCUCGUGGAUCUGGAGAUUGUUCCGAAAGUAACAAUAUUUUUAUUAUUCUUAUAGAAUAUUUCUUAUCACUCUUUCCAGUAUUUACUUUGAGUACGAGUUUUCCUAUCAUAGCUAUCACCCUUAGAAAUAAUUUGCAAUCAUUGUUCCUCAACGAAGAUACAUCUUAUUUUUGUCUUCGUAAAAUUGUCUUCCCAAUACUAGCAAUACUGCCUCCAUAUAUGAUUGCUAUGAGUACCAAAGAUUUAUCGAUAUUGGUAGGAAUUACGGGAUCAUAUGCUGGAGCAGGAAUUCAAUAUUUGAUUCCAACAUUUUUGGUAUAUUAUGCUAGACAAAAGACAAAUAAACUUAUAGGUCUUGGUGUUGUUAAUAAAUUUGCAAGUCCAUUUUCCAGUAAUUGUUGGCUCAUUUUUGUUAUAGUUUGGGCUAUUGCUUGCAUGAUUUUAGUAUCAGUCAAUUUUGUACAAAUUCAUUUCUAUUCUUUAAGCGUACCUUUAGGAUGAAAGAUUCUUAAAAUAUUGAAUCAAGAAUGUAAAAAAAAAGAAAAAGGUUAUAUAAUGACUCAUAAUUAUUUUAAGAUUUAAAAAAUCCAGAGCAUAUCUGAAAUAAUAUCAUUGGACUUGAAAUUAAUUAUUUGCAAUAUAUAGAAAGAAAAUUGUGAUACUACUGAUUUUAAAGCUGAAAUUGAAAUUA